AUGUACUCGGCUUUCAUCGAAGACAAGGACGUCAAGUUGCACGUAGUCGAAACGCUCCGUGGAUCUGAUAGCCUGGGCGAUCAUGCUGCUACGUCACUCUAUAGCAAGCCCGGAACUUUACAUGAUGCAAGGACUCUUGUUAUACAGAAAGAAGAGGGACUUCCUGCUUCGGUCCCAUCGGCGGCUUCUGGGUUGGUAUAUCCUAGAGUUGGACCUGAGAUGGCAAUGUUGCAUAAAGAUGGGCGAAUAACUGUUGCGGCGAUACCCGAUGAAGAAGUCAUCAGUACCUUUGCCAGCAUGGCCAAGAGUGAAGGUAUCAUUAUUAUUAUUAUUGCUCUCCAGAGUGCACAGUAUGACCUACACGGUUACAGUGCGAAAACUUAUAUCUUGGUUCUUAUCUUCGAGUGGUUGCGUGAACUUUGA